AUGGCAGUAGGACAGCUCUCGCAAAAUGAGCUCAAUGAGAUAUACGCCUUUGCGGUGGACCUAGGCCGCAAAGCGGGUGAUCUGCUCAUGGAGCGUGUUGAGCAGCGCAUUUCUGGCGGCGAGGGUGACUCGCAUAAAUUCGAAGAAAAGGAUAAUGCGGUCGAUAUCGUGACUCAGACGGACGAAGGUGAGCAGCCGAGCUCGAAGAAUGAUACCAAAUCGGAUCUUAGAUGGCGAACUGACUUCUUGCCAGACGUGGAAGUAUUCAUUCGAAACGCCAUUCAGAGCAAAUACCCGUCGCACCAAUUCCUUGGCGAAGAGACCUAUGCCAAAGGCCAGUCGCGAGACUACCUGAUCGACGAGCAACCGACAUGGUGCAUCGACCCUCUUGAUGGAACGGUCAACUACACACACCUCUUUCCAAUGUUCUGCAUCUCCAUCGGCUUCAUCGUAGCGCACCGCCCCGUCAUCGGCGUAAUCUACGCCCCCUUCACAGACCAGCUUUUCUCCGCCUGCAGCGGGCGCGGCGCCUGGCUGAAUGAGAAGCGCCGCCUCCCCCUCGUGCGCAACCCGAUCCCGCCCAUGCCGGCCAAUGCGCCGUCACAAUGUAUUUUCUCCUGCGAGUGGGGCAAGGAUCGGCGCGACAUUCCAGAUGGUAACAUGCAUCGUAAGAUUGAGAGCUUUGUCAAUAUGGCGGCGGAGAUCGGGGGGAGAGAUGGGAAGGGUGGCAUGGUACAUGGGAUGCGGAGUUUGGGGAGUGCGACGCUUGAUUUGGCGUAUGUGGCUAUGGGGACUUUUGAUAUCUGGUGGGAGGGGGGUUGUUGGGAAUGGGAUGUCGCUGCUGGAAUUGCUAUUCUGCUUGAAGCGGGCGGUCUCGUUACGACGGCGAACCCGCCAGAGAACCCGGACACGGCAGAGAUAGAAGAUGUCCGGCUCGGAAGCCGACUAUAUCUAGCCAUAAGACCCGCUGGUCCAUCGACUACCGAAACCGGCCGCGAGUCGCAGGAGCGCACCGUCCGGGAAGUCUGGCGGCGGGUCCGCCAACUGUCAUACGCGCGACCGGGCGCAUAG